AUGGCCCAUUGAUCAUGAUGAUGGUAGUUGUUUCUAUGAAGAUAGUUACAAUUUUCAUGUGUAUGGUGGCAAGAAAAAUUUUUUAGGUCAUUCAAAAAUAGAUCAUCAUCAAAUUUAUGUGUAUUCAGAUGCAAAUAGAGGCGACUUCGGUAGUAACGUGUGUCUUGAUGAUUACGCUCCUUCACGAGGUUCUAGUGGUUGGAAUGAAAUUUGGGUUGAGAACACCUGUGUACUUUACCACAAUCCGUCGCCUUACAAAAUUGAUAAUUGUGAUACAGACAAUCUAUUUGUACCUUAUUUAGUAAAUAAUAAAAUCUAUGUUCCAUCUGGUACACAAGCUGUAUUUACAUGUAAAGUCAAUGGCAGUGCCAGACAACUUAGUUUAGAACAAUGGCAAUCAUAUGGUUUGGAUAUUGGUACUGCCGUCCAAAUCGCACCUGAUGUUCAAACAAUUAUUGAAUGGGGUCGCAAAAUGUUACAAGCAACAACAUAA